GUAAGCCAUUUUGAAAACGGCAUGGUUUAACAUCGUUUGGUCGUUUUAAAAAUGGCGCCGUGUGCCGCUAGCCUCUUAACGUCACUACCUUAACAACAAUUGCCAAUCUUGAAUUUAUUUUACUUACCAUAAAACAAUCGUUCAUCGCAGCAGUUUGUGGUCCAUUGGUUCAGAAACACUGAAGAUGUUUCCGAUUUGAUGUACUGUGUUUAUGCAUCGGUUUUUUAAAUGUUUUCUCGGCUUCUGAAUCAUGUAUGUGUUUCAAACCGUUUGGUUGGGAAUAGUGCAUCAUGUAAUGGAGGCAAAUGCGGUGGUGUCUCCUGUUUGCAGAAGGGGGAAGCAGGGAAUGUAGUUUUCCUCUAAACCCCAUCCCCGCCCUUGCUUCCCCCUGAGAAGUCCCAUUGGAACAGCAGUCGAUCUGCACCUCGAAAACGUCGCCCAAUCAAGGCCCACUGAUUGAUGCAACGACCACCGCGAUUGGUCGCGUGGGAGUGUCGCAUCAGUGUGGCGCCUCGGGAUUGGUCGACGUUCGUCCGGAUCCGCUGCUGUGGCCUGGCUGUGACCACUAACGGUUUCUUGUGUAUUAUUUGUGGUGGACUUCUACCAUGCAUUAGGUGGUGGCAGGCCGCGAGGGGCUGGCAGUUCUCCACAGCCUGUUAGUUACAUCCCGUUCUGCGUGCAUGAUGAGGUGUUGGAUACGCAAUGGUGGUGGUGUCAGCGUUGGUCUGUAUCUACUACAACGUGAUCAUAGCCUGGGCCCUGUACUACCUGUUCGCCUCCUUCACUAACGUGCUGCCCUGGACACUGUGCAACCAGUGGUGGAACACUGAUCAGUGUGGGAAGACGUUUGGAGUGAAUGGCACAAACGUCACGCUGGGAGUCAACGGGACCAACUCAACAGACUUCACCCGCGUCAGCGCCAGUCAUGAGUUCUGGACGCACAAGGUGUUGCAGCUGAGUAAGGGAAUAGACCAGAUGGGUACGGUCCGCUGGGACCUGGCCCUGUGUCUGCUGCUGGCGUGGGUCAUCGUCGGCGCCUGUCUCAUCAAGGGGGUGAAGUCAUCGGGCAAGGUGGUUUAUUUUACCGCUACUUUCCCUUUCGUGGUGCUGUUCAUCCUGUUUUUCCGCGGCGUCACGCUAGAGGGCGCUGAGCGCGGCAUCCGCUUCUACAUCAUCCCCGAGUGGAGCAGACUAGCCGAGUCCAAGGUAUGGGGAGAUGCAGCAAUCCAAAUUUUCUACUCCCUUGGUCUCGCUUUCGGCAGCCUUGCGACUUUGUCCAGCUACAACAAGUUCCACAACAAUGUUAUGAGGGACGCCUUGAUCAUCGCCGUUGGUAACUGCUGCACGAGCAUUUUCUCGGGAUUUGUUAUCUUCUCGAUCAUUGGCCACAUGUCCUUCAUGCUGGACGUUCCGGUUGAUAAGGUUGCAGACGAAGGUCCCGGCCUUGCCUUCGUUGCCUACCCUGAGGCCAUCUCCCUUCUGCCGAUCUCCACUCUCUGGGCGAUACUGUUCUUCCUGAUGUUACUAACUCUGGGGUUGGAUAGCCAGUUUGCGAUGAUGGAAACCGUGAUCACAGCGGUUAUCGACGAGUACCCGGAGUAUCUCAGACCGAAGAAGAGCAUCGUCGUACUGGGACUGUGUGUCAUCGGCUACCUACUGGCUCUACCACAAACCACAAAUGCCGGGAUGUACUGGCUUCAGCUGCUGGACUGGUACAGCGCCGGGUUCUCUCUCAUGAUCAUCUCCCUCUGUCUCACCAUCGCCAUCCAGUACGUCUACGGAAUGAAAAGGUUCUCGAAAGACAUCAAGACCAUGUUGGGAUUCGAGCCGCCCAUUUACUUCAAGGUGUGCUGGGUCGCCAUCACUCCUGCCCUUCUGAUGUUUAUCCUGAUCUUUAACCUGGUCCAGUUCAACCCGGUGACGUACGGUGAUUACGAGUAUCCGAACUGGGCGGAGAUCAUGGGGCUGCUGAUGGGGCUGUCCUCCUGUCUCCUCAUCCCCGUGGUCGCCGUCAUCCAGGUGUGUCGGCAGAAGGGCAGUCUGCUGGAGCGCAUCAAGGCCGCCGCCCGUCCUUCUCCAGACUGGGGCCCGGCCCUGGAGGACCAUCGACAGGAGAUGAUGAAGGUGUACGCCGGCAAGUACGGGGUGGAGGUACCGCUAGACGUGACGCCCAACAAGGCUGCCGACCUGCCACCAGACUACACCACAGCCACCACGCUACCGCGCAACGACAUCAGCGUACCCUUCUCUGUAACAGGGCACACGCACAUGAAUGGCAGUCUUCCUGUAACCACGAAAUUGUAAAUCGUGACCCCUCCCUCCCCAUCUAUAUACUUAGUCUCCACCAGACUCCUUUUGCAGGCUGAAUAAAUAGUAGAAAUCGGUCUAAAAAGGGGAUUUAAUUGGCCGUGCAGGCAGACAAAUGGAGCUUCUCUGGCCGGCCACCUUCUCUGGCCAAUUUUACCCCCUUUUAUGCCGAUUUCUACUAUUAAUUAAGCCUGCAAAAGGAGUCUGAUGGAGACUACUAUAUACUGUCGCGUCCCAUUCCAUUGUAAAGAGAGGACCAUUUCCACUGUAAAGAGAGAAACCCCGUGAUUAUAUUGUAUACUUGGAAAAUCUUCAUAUAUAGAUAGAGAGUAAAGAUCGAUGUUUAGCGUGGUCUAGGCAAAGAUGUUCUAUCAUUGUUCUUGGUAUUUAACUUGCGGCCGCAUACAUCGGGAAUGCAUAGACUCGCUGACCUGUAUCGAUAAAUGUAUUAUAGUCUAGAAUAUAAAACAAACAAAAAAUGCCAAAUAUCAUCAGGAUACUGAAUAUUUAGAGUUUGCUUAUGACUGCAACUUUUUUUUAAAUUUGUUUUGAACACUUCAGGUGGUAACUGCUACAUAUACGGAGCUGAAAACAGUUUUAUUUUAUGUUAUGCAAUUUGCCAACGACAGCAAAGAGAGCUUUCAGAUACCAUGACACGAUUUUAAGACAUUGUUUACUUGGAUUUACCUAUAGGCAUGUAUUAACUUCAACACUUGCAAUAUCUUGUGAUCAUUACAUUUUUCUAGUUAAUGAAACAUUGAAGUACUUUAUCUUGUACAUAUUGGCAUUCCAUCUCUUUUAAUUGAUGCUAAGUUUGACAAUGUAGAAGAUAAAGGUGUAUAUACUAAAUAUCUUUUCGUAAGUGUCAAAUGAUUUCUCUUAUUGAGUAUCAAAGCUUGUCUGUGCUUUUUUAUGCCUUGCAAUCAGCAACUUUUAUCCAUGUAUAAGUCCGACAAAUUUGUAUUUACAUUAUUUCAUGUAAGCGCAUGUAUUUACAUGUUUUUUCUGUAAAAACACUAUCAUGUUAUCCGUCCAAAAUCCAGUCUCAUGACAUUCAUUAUAUUCAUUACAUACUAUUUGGAAUAUCAUCAACGUAAAUUUUGACUGUGAAAUAACAUUGCUGUUAUCAUUAUGUCUUCCAUUUGGUUUAUCUGUU